UCGACAUGCGACUCACUCCGUUUGAGCAAGACUCAACUGCCCCGAAUGGUUCAGCUGAGUCGUUCAUCGCUGAUAUGGCGGGUACAAUCGUUGCAGUCAAACUACCAUGAAGCGUGAUCCUUUCCGUAUCAGGUUCGUCGAGACUUCUAUCUGCCAUCCCAUCCGCAUUCCGUGCUGCAUAAAGAGAAAGUGGUGCUGUGCAAUAAUGUAUUGUCGGCCAUUGACUCCCGUCCUGUCACUGUUUUACUGCAACAGGAAUUAUCGCGAUGUUUUCCAAACCACGCCUGACAUGUCUACUGUUUCUCCGUUUCGUUACCCGCACUAUUGCAGUGUUCGACAUGUCAUCGAACCAGAAUCUGGCUGUGUACUGGGGUCAGAACUCGUAUGGAGCUGUGAAUCCAACCGAUACUGCAAAUUGGCAGCAGCCGAUCUCUUACUAUUGCAACGACACCGUGAUCGACACCUUCCCGGUAGCCUUUCUAGACGAGUUCUACUCGACAGGCAAUCUCCCGUCCAUCAACCUUGGAAAUACUUGCACUACGGCCGAUGACCCUAUUUUUCCAGGGACGAACCUCCUCAAUUGCUCAUUCCUUGCAUCAAGUAUCGAGUUUUGUCAAGCUGCAGGAAAAAUCGUCACGAUGUCGUUGGGAGGAGCAACAGGUUCUAUCGGCUUUACAAAUGAUAGCGAAGCAACGGCAUAUGCCCAGACAAUAUGGGACCUUUUCCUGGGAGGUUCGAGCAGCAUGCGUCCUUUCGGGUCCGCUGUUUUGGAUGGCAUUGAUAUGGACAUCGAAGGUGGCUCUCAGACUGGAUUUGUAUCUUUCUUGUCUGCCCUUCGUACCUUGAUGGAUGGUGGCAGGAAGCCGUACUACAUCACUGCGGCGCCUCAAUGUCCUUACCCCGAUGCCUACAUUGGUACUACUCUGGAUCAGUUUGGAUUUGACGCUGUAUAUGUCCAGUUUUAUAACAACUAUUGCGAAUUGACGAAUUACAAUGACUCGAAUGAUUGGGACUUUAGCACAUGGGACAACUGGGCGGAAACGGUAUCCCCCAAUCCGAAUGUCAAAGUCUACAUUGGUGCCCCAGCAUCAACGAGUGCAGCCGGAUCCGGAUAUGUCAGUCCAUCGACGUUUACCCCAAUCAUCCAGCAAACAAUGGCCCAAUAUUCGUCUUUCGGAGGCGUCAUGCUGUGGGAUGCGUCUCAGGCAUACGCGAAUAGCAGAUACGACAUCUCUGUCAAGGAUGCACUGUUAGGCGCACCAGCACAACGUCAAGUCCUUCUCCCACAACGACAUCUGGGACUGGUUCCUGCACUGGUGUGGCGGCUAUGGCAAACUGGUGUUGCUUAUGUUGGAGGCGACGAAGUUACUUAUGGCGGGGACCUCUGGACUGCAAAUUGGUGGUCGGAGAAUGAUAUCCCGGACGGCACUUCCGGUGACUGGACGAACGAUGGCGCAUGUGCAUAA